AAUGUUCUCUCCAGAACUAAUGAUUGAGUGCGCGAAGAAGAAACGUUUGUUUGUAGACUUCAUUUCUGAAGCCUCACCGUCUUGUUAGCAGCUAUUAUAUUGCAUUUUUUGUGAUUGUUAUCUCUUUUUGUUUCGACGUAUUUUUUGUCAUGUAUGUUUGCGGGCGUACUUGUAACACCCGCCACUGAAAAAACUGUUAUCAAAACUGUUGCGUGCGAUGUCACCUUCGUUUUAAACUUUCAUUUUUACAUUCCUUAUUGUCGCUGAAGUAAAUACCCAAAGGCUGUUUAUGCAAAAUUGCAGCUGAGUCAACCUGUACUUCACGAGCUUGCCACUUCUUUUCACAACAGCUAAUUUAGGCAUUACUUCGACCUGUCGGUUAGCCAAACUGCAUCUAACUAACUCCAAGGCAAGGCAAGCAAAUAUUGGGCUUAAAACUGAACAAAAGCCCCAAAAUGUUUGUCGUUAUGUCGCUCCGUGUUCUUUUGUGUUUCCUUCUGUGUCAUCCGUCUGUCCACGGCAAACCUUUCCAGGAAGAUAACGAGGAUUUAUUGAUAAGAGAACCAAGAGCACCUAAAGAGAAGAAAGCGGACUGCGGCACUACACUGACUGGGUCAAAUGGUACGGUGACGUCACCCAAUUAUCCAAGACCUUAUCCUACUGACGUGACAUGUGUGUGGGUGAUAUCAGUGAAGCCGUCACAAGUUAUUGAGCUGGAGAUUAACUCUCUUGACAUCGAACAAAGCAGCAAAUGUAAAUAUGACAGUCUGGAAAUUUUAGAUGGAUCAACGUCCAAGUCUCCUGAGCUUGGAACAUUCUGUGGUUCUACAAUUCCAUCUCUUAUUCGCUCGUCCGGGAACUCGUUAUAUUUAACUCUGACGUCAGAUGAUGGCGAUACCGGAAAAGGAUUCCAAGCAAUUUGGCGAGCGGUAUCCAAUGACAUCCGUAAGUACAGACACGAAUGUAAGUACUUCAAAUCUCAAGGGAAGGUAGCUUUCCGUUACUGCGGCACUACACUGACUGGGUCAAAUGGUACGGUGACGUCACCCAAUUAUCCAAGACCUUAUCCUACUGACGUGACAUGUGUGUGGGUGAUAUCAGUGAAGCCGUCACAAGUUAUUGAGCUGGAGAUUAACUCUCUUGACAUCGAACAAAGCAGCAAAUGUAAAUAUGACAGUCUGGAAAUUUUAGAUGGAUCAACGUCCAAGUCUCCUGAGCUUGGAACAUUCUGUGGUUCUACAAUUCCAUCUCUUAUUCGCUCGUCCGGGAACUCGUUAUAUUUAACUCUGACGUCAGAUGAUGGCGAUACCGGAAAAGGAUUCCAAGCAAUUUGGCGAGCGGUAUCCAAUGACAUCCAAUGCGGAGGAACGUUCACUGACGAAGAAGGCAGUUUCCAGACUCCCAGAUAUCCUGAACCAUACCCGGCCAAUAUUGAAUGCGAAUGGAUUGUAACCGUACCAGUCACUCACUCUCUCACUUUGACGUUUGACGCAUUUGGUGUGGAGGAAAGUUCCAAAUGCAAGUACGAUUAUGUGGAAAUCAGAGAUGGUGCCACGGAUUCUUCAACACUGAUUGGUCGUUUUUGUGGCUCAACCCCCCCGGCUGAAGUGACUGCGCAGGGGACAUCUCUGUACAUCAAACUUUUUUCAGAUGAGUCCGACACAGGAGCAGGGUUCAAAGCAUCUUGGACAAGCCAGCAUUUAGGAGGAAAUUCAGGUGUGCAGUUAUGUGGUACAAGCAAGACAGGCACACGAAUUGUUGGAGGUAUCGUCGCAAAGCCAGGGGCAUGGCCGUGGCAGGCUGCCAUGUUGUGGGCAAAGGGUUACGACAAGGGCAAACAGUUCUGCGGUGGCUCUUUAGUAGAUCCUGAAUGGGUUCUAACGGCAGCUCAUUGUUUUGAUAUCACCAAAGAUAAGAGAAUGAUGUUCAUCAGACUUGGCGAGCACUUCUUGAAUAAGACCGAGGGAACAGAGCAGGAUUUCGCAAUUCAAGAUCUCUACAUUCAUCCAAAAUGGGAUCACCACACAACUGAUAACGACCUGGCAAUGAUACGCCUCGACCGACCUGCCACACUCAAUGGUCGCGUGAACACGAUCUGUCUACCCGAGCCUGAGUAUCAGUUUCCCCCCGGAACAGAAUGUACAAUUACCGGCUGGGGUACCACUCAGGAAGGUGGUAAAUCCUCCGCUGCUCUCAUGCAGGCAAAGGUACCUAUAGUGGAUCGCGAAGCGUGCAGUCACAACCAAUCAUACGGAGAGAAAAUAACUAAGAAUAUGAUCUGCGCAGGGUUGCGUCAGGGGGGUGUAGACAGCUGUCAAGGUGACUCCGGCGGACCACUAGUGUGUAAGAACCCAGUGAACCCUCGGCAGUGGAUUCAAGUCGGUGCUACCUCCUGGGGAAAGGGAUGCGCCAGGGCUCUGAAAUACGGUGUCUACGCAAACAUUAAGAGAUAUCUGCCGUGGGUCAACUUUCUUACUGGCAAUGUCGAGGGAAGAGAAGGAGGUGAUAAUUUGACCACACCAAGCGCUUCGCUCCCGCCAUCUCUUCCAGGGCUCCCGGGAGGUUCUGCUCCUCCCCCUCUUCCUCCAUUGCCGCAAAAAUGAGAAACAGUUCUGCUUAUAAAAAAAAUGGCCAUCAGUCUGUGAUGAUAGAUGCUAAUUCUGGGGUAUUAUUAAUUUGUUUAGCUUAUUGUUAUCUCGGUUGUUACGAUCGAGGAAUAAAGUCUUCGCUGUUGCAUUAUUUGUUUUCGUCUGGUUAUGGUACUUUGCAAACUUCUUUUUGAGUAAAUGAAAACAAAAAAUCAAAGGUCAAUUGCAGAUAAAGUUUACUUCGCUUUCGAAUGACAUGCGAACUUAUAAAACUUACUGCUUCAGGUCCUAACUGAGAAACACCUCGGUAAUGUAGAGGUCUAUUUAACAAUUAGACCCGUAGCC